AUGGAGCUGCCUCCUCCUCCGGGAAUCCGGAGGGUUUCCAUCAACCCUCUAGAGGCACCCCGCAGGUUUUCCAUCUUCCCAGGCGUGAUGCCCAUCCGCUCAUCUUUGGGCUCAUUUUUGGCCACGGCUGGGACCUCGAAGCCCUCCAUGCAGAGCAGCCUGAGGGCCCCGAGCCUGAUACCGAGCCCCAUUCCCCAGAAGAGCUCCCUCAGCCCCGCCGACGCCAUGCGGCGCAGGGCGUCCAACGUCUCCUCCGUGCACUACGCCAACGAGCAAGGCAAGCCGCCACCCUUGGACGAAGACAAAGAGAAGGACAAGGGCAAGGGCAAGGGCAAGGGCAAGGGCACCGGGACGCGGCUGCUGAACAUGCUAAGAAAAACUCUUCAAGGGUCUGACAGUGAAGAAAUGGUAAUAGCACAGGAAACACCAAAUUUGAUACCAUUUGGAGACGUGGUCGGCUGCCUGGCUGUUCACAUAAAGACUUGUAGACAGUUUUCUCACAGGUUCAUUAUACAACAGCAUGUUAACAUGUUCAUUCGUGUCUCUAUAAACCACAUCAUGAAAUGCACAAAACUUCGGAACUUGAAAGCUGUUAACAAUGAAAAGAACCUUGUCCUUAGGUUUGAUGAAGUGAAGUAUUUUUCUGUACAGGUUCCCAGACGUCAGGAUGAUGAGCGGAAUAAUAUUUUCUUGGAACUAAUGCAAGAUGGAGGAAACAUAGAAAAACCUCCACUUUCCUUGGGCAGUGUUGAAUCACACCUUUAUGAAGUAAUACAGAAAGGCUGCUUUACCGAAGUAUUGCAAAUGAUGCAUAGACACACCUUUAUCUGCAGGUUGGAGGUAGAGUUCAUGUUUUCCUACGGAAACUUUGGUUAUGGAUUUUCACAUCAGUUAAAACCUCUUCAAAAAAUCAUCGAACCAUCUAUGUUUAUGAAGAUUGCACCUCCUCCAGAAAGGACAGAUCCUGUCACAAAUGUCAUUACUCCACAACGAGUAGAAUACCCAGCAUUCUUAUCCCCAGAAUUUAAUGUUACCGUCGGGUCUGCUGAAGCCAGCCAGCCAUCUGCGGCGGUGCGACUUGAAAAACUCCGUGAGAAACCCCGGGAAAGGUUUGAAAACAUGAAAAAGGAGUACAGAAAUCUGAACACAUGGAUGGAGAAAGCUGAGUACUUGAAAAACCUUAUUACUCCAAAAGUGGCUCUCCAAGAUUCUGAGGAAGUUAGUUUGAUUGAAGUAUCUGAACACAAUUAUAGUCUAUUGGAAGAAGAGCAUGAAAAUGUGUCACAUGAUAUCCAUUAUAGAAAAUCUGAUACUAUUUCAACUGAGUCUACGGACAAGAGUGAUAAGGAAAACCUGGUAAUACCAGCUUUGAAACUGUCGGACCAAGAUUACUCAGAGCCCUUUCUUCGUAAAAACAGUGAAUCAGUGCCGGAAGACAAUCCUCUGUCCCCUAUUCACAGCCUGCAGAUAAUAGAGGAGGAUGAGGUGCAGCACUCACAUGCCCCUUUUGUGUGGGAAGACAAGCCACAGGAAGAGAGAAGUGUGAUGUUGCCAUUGGAUGAACAGCUGAUCCCCAAACCUUCAAGCAUUUUAAGAAUAACCUCUUCUCUACAGGAGAUUAAGAAUAAAAAGGAAAAAUUUCCUCAUUUUUCAGAUGUGUUAACAAUACCUGAUAAGCCCUUAGGACAAGAAAAUACAAAUCAAAAAGGGAAAACUUUCAUCCAGUUAAGGAAACCUUGGGAAACACGUCCUACUGACAUAGUCAGUGGCCUCCGAAAGGUGGCUUUUACACAAAAAGAGUAUACUACACCAGUUUUCAGAGGGGAAUCUACAGAAUUCAAACCCAAACAUCAGUUUCAGAAAUUCAUCAAGGGUGGUCUUGAUCCUUUUCUAAGGAACAUAAACAGCAAAAUGUCAUUCAAAAAGAAGAAAGACCAAGACACAUACAGAUAUCCAAGCACUUUAAGUACAGAAGUUGCAGAACACGAAGAUCAAGACCCUCCUUACCCAGAACAUUCAAGGUCUGCAGGAUCUAAUACAACCUGGGCUAACGAUUCUAACCUCAUCACAAUCCACAUGGUAACCAAAAAGAAUAAUGUGCCUCCUGACCAUACUACCACCACCACAAUGACUUCAGACAGGAAGAACAAGUUGCCACAUGAUCCUACUCUCAACACAACAAACACUUCACAUACAAAGAGUAUAUUUACAAGUGAUAAUCCCGUUAUCACCAUAACAAAGAUUUCAGAAUCUGAUUAUAAACUGUCAACUGAUCCUAGUUCCAAGACAACAAAGCCUUCAGAGACAAGGCUAUCCAGCGGCCCCAGUUCCAAUACAACAAAGCCUUCAGAGACGAGGCUAUCCAGCGCCCCUAGUUCCCAUACAACAAAGCCUUCAGAGACGAGGCUAUCCAGCGCCCCUAGUUCCCAUACAACGAAGCCUUCAGAGACGAGGCUAUCCAGCGGCCCCAGUUCCCAUACAACAAAGCCUUCAGAGACAAGGCUAUCCAGCGGCCCUAGUUCCCAUACAACAAAGCCUUCAGAGACGAGGCUAUCCAGCGCCCCUAGUUCCCAUACAACGAAGCCUUCAGAGACGAGGCUAUCCAGCGGCCCCAGUUCCCAUACAACAAAGCCUUCAGAGACAAGGCUGUCCAGUGGCCCUAGUUCCAAUACAACAAAGCCUUCAGAGACAAGGCUGUCCAGCGGCCCUAGUUCCCAUACAACAAAGCCUUCAGAGACAAGGCUAUCCAGCGCCUCUAGUUCCAAUACAACAAAGCCUUCAGAGACGAGGCUAUCCAGCGCCCCUAGUUCCCAUACAACGAAGCCUUCAGAGACAAGGCUAUCCAGCGGCCCUAGUUCCCAUGCAACAAAGCCUUCAGAGACAAGGCUAUCCAGCGGCCCUAGUUCCAAUACAAUGAAGCCUUCAGAGAUGAGGCUAUCGAACGGCCCUAGUUCCCAUACAACGAAGCCUUCAGAGAAUAGGCUAUCCAGCGGCCCUAGUUCCCAUACAACGAAGCCUUCAGAGACGAGGCUAUCCAGCGGCCCUAGUUCCCGUACAACGAAGCCUUCAGAGACUAGGCUAUCCAGUGGCCCUAGUUCCCAUACAACGAAGCCUUCAGACACUAAUAGGUUGUCCCAUAAUCCUAGUAUAAAUGGAAAUAAAUCUUCAGAUCCUAGUAAGUUGUCCCAUGAUCCUAGUAACAUUUCAACAAAGUCUUCAGAUCCUAGUAAGUUGAGCCAUGAUUCUAGUAUCAAUGCAAGAAAGUCUUCAGAUACUAAUAAGCUGUCCCAUGAUGCUAGUAUCAUUUCAACAAAAUCUUUAGAUAGUAAGAAUAAAUUGCCAAGUGGUAAGCCUAAUGUCAGUUCAGAUCUUACUACCAACACCGCGAAAACUCCAGCUACGAGGGACAAGUUAGCAUGGGCUCCUGCCACCGUCACAGUAGACUCUUCAACUACGCAGAGUAAGUUAGAAGAACAGCUACCAGCUGUAUCUUUACCAAACUGCCCAAGAGAACCGUCAGUGACUGGAAAUGUUAGCAUAUAUCACCCCUCAAGCACAAUCAAUUUUACCUCUGACAUUGAAAAUUUAAAACAGUCAAUAGUACUCAAAUCAAUUUUAAGUAAAAAUCUGCAAGACCUUUCAGAUGAGUUAUUUUCUACACCAGAAGCCUGCACCAACGCCGAGGAGAUGCAGGGAAGCUCCCCUCUGCCUCUAGGUGUGCAUGACAGACCAUCAUGUGGGACAGAAGACAGAGUGUUUGAACAAGUCCAAGAUAUAAACAGCUGGCUUUCACCCAAAGACAUUCUGAAUUCACAGGCUCUUUUAAGUCCUGUGAUUAAAAGUGUUCCUCAAGAUUUACUUCCAGAAGGCGGGCCAGGAACAUCUUCAGACAUAGGAGAUGUCUCUGACAAACACUUAGGGGCUGCUGAAAUACCCUUUCCAGUGAACAGAAAGAGCAGUUUCAAAACCAAACAUUUAGUGAGUGAAGUAUCAGGUUCUGAUCAGGGUUUAAAUAGCGAUGUACGUGACUACGUCAUUAAGCAGAUAUUCCCUGCACCCAUAUUCUCGAAGCUAGAGACAGGAGCAACAGUACUGAACGAGACACAGAUGGCCUUACAGGACCAACUGUUCACAUACUGGGAGAGAACUACAUCUUCACAGAUUCUUACCUACGAAGAAAAAAGCAAUGGAGCUCCUUUGUCACGGCCAAAAUCCGGGAUAAGCACAAUAAUACAGUCAUUUCCUGUAGAAACUCUUUUAGAUUCUGGGAUAAUCAAAGUGAUACAACUAGAUAAAGAAAACCAGAGCUCUCUGUUGGACAUACAGACAGCCUCUCCUGAGGAAAAGCUGCAGAAUCCCACAGAGCAGCACCAUAAUGUCAAAAGCCAAACAAAACUGCUUUCAAGACAGACGACACCUAGCACUAAGCCCAUAGAGACCUCUGUGAAUGCAGCUGAUUACACAGAAGACAGCCAAAGUACGUCGGCACAAGAGCCAAACUACCCAAAAGCAGAAAGAAAGUCUGACUCCCCAAAUGAACACCAGAGUCCGGACACGGAGGAGGCUGGGCUCAGUUCCGCUGUAGAGUCUCUAAGUAACUUAAUGGGCAAUCUUAAAGACACAGACUCAGUCAUAUUAAAAUCCAUCCUAAAAACUAUCUUCAAAAAUUUCUUCAAAUACAAUCAGUCUGAAAGAAGAGAGUAUCUAGACAAACAGUUUGACAGACUAACACAACAUUCUUCACCACGUGGUACAGAAUACUUAGAAAAAACGCAAGAGAAUUUUAAUAAAGCGGGCAAAGCAGAGAAGAAGCCCAUUCUGGAUCCAAAGCUGUCUGUGUUUCUAGAGAAACUCUCAGAGUCAGAAGUAAAAAACAUGAAGUCUGAGUUAAGCAAGCACAUUCAGCAUUACCUUCUAGAAAAGCUCUCAGAGGCAGGCCACAUCACCAAGGAGGACUUACCCCAAAUUUACCGAAACCUGUAUCUGAUGAACGAGAAAACAGAGUUAAAAGAGCAAAGCUCUUUUCAGGACAAGUAUUCCAAAACUGUUGAGGAAAUCAUGUCCUUUGUAAAUAAUUUUAACCAUCAUUUCAUAGAUAAACAUUUAGAAAUAAAGCUUAGAUCUUUUCUAAAUGAAAUUCUCCAAAAUUAUUUCGUGAAGAAUCUUUCAGGGAGCAAUUUAUUCAAUGAGACAGACAGUGUGGCGCUCCGUCCCAGCAUGUCCUCCAUGGCGAGUAACAGCUCUUCGAAGCCUCUGCACGGGCUGGGGCAAGACAUUGCCAGCGGAAGUUUUGGUUCAAGGCUCAAAAUAAACAUGAAAUACCCUUUCAACGAAUCUCUACAAAAUUAUCUUAAACCUUUAUCAGAGAAUGAAUUAUUAAGUCUAAAAGCUGAUUUGAGCAAAUACGUCCAGGUCCUCUUUAUAGAUAAACUUCAUAAAUCAGGGCUAAUGACAGAGAGGCAACUAAAGGGGAUCAGUCAGCAAGUUAACUCGCUUAAUUCGCCUCCCAUGCCAUUCAAACACAUAAACACAGAUUCACCUUUUAGAGAUGAAAGUUGCUUUAUGAGGGAGGAUUCAGAAGAGCAAAAGAAAUAUCCGAAAACUUGUCAAAAUACUACCUUUCGAACAUUGCUUGAAGAUAGAUGUGGAGAAACAGAACUGACCAGAAAGGGAGAAAAAGGAAGCUCCUUUCCACACAAUUUAAAAGAAAAUCCAUCAACAACCUGGGAACAUAAACGUGUUUAUAGUAGGGAAGUUAAAACAUUAAUGAAAGUACAACCUCCUUCCAACAAAAACAUCCAGGCAAUUCCAUUAAGUAAGUCACCAGAAAGACCUGCAGAUAUAUUACUUAAGAAACACAAGCAAGACCAUGGUUUCAUGCCACUUCCUCAAGCAGAAAAUUCUAUUUACAAAACAGAGACUCAAGAGCCAUACAGUUGGGAUGGUAGAGCAAAACCAAUUCAAUCAAAACUCUGCUUUGAAAAGACACUAAAAGUGAAGGCGCUUGAGAAAAGGGAUAACAAUAACAUUUGCAAACUGGCUGUUCAGGAAAGACCUGAUCCAGGAUUUUCACCUUACCUAAAACUUCCUACCUGCAAAACAGCAAGAGAAAAUGAACACUUAAACAGGCUCUCCUUCCCUACCUGGCGGGCUAACACUUUCAUUUAUGUCAACACAGACAAUGGGGAGCAGUCAAAACUAGACCAGUAUUGUCAGAGGUGGAAAGAAAAUAAUAAUAAUAAUAAAAAACACUUGGUAACAUUUGCACAAUUCAAAAAUGAAAUGGAAACUCUUUAUAUAAACCCGUAUGAAGACUGCAAAGAAAAAUGUGCCAGGGGUGCGGAAUCGCAGUCGUUUCGGUACAAAGAGGAGGAGAGAAACUCCAGGCCAUCUUUCUUCCCAGAAGUACUGACGAGAGAAAACAUGAAAUCCAAAAGAAAAGAAAGAGAUUACACCACCAAACCGAAGAAGUCAUUUCACAAGAUAGUCAGGAUACUGCCAGCCGCACUGCCCACUGCAAGGCCUCAUCUCCGGAAAUCUGUUCCAAGGACCUUACUCCACUGGACCGCGAGAAGAACUAUACACGAUUGUUUGGAUAGAUUCGACGAUUUACAAAUACCCUCAGUUAAACGUCCUAAAAACUCAAAAUCCAGAUCAAGACUUUUAGGCAAGAGUCCAGAUGAUUCCUAUAACCAGGCAAAACACUGCACACGACCAUCCACCGCUCCAGAGUCUAACAAGCGACGGGAAAGUGUCACCGGGAAAUUCGCAAGUCCUCGGAUGGUCUCGGCGGGCUUAGUUCAUAUCCAUGACACCACCCCAGAGUAUGACAUACGGAAAGUGAGGUCCAAAAGAAAAUUAAAAGAGAAUAUUGAAAAACGUCCGCUCAUUUAUGAUAUUAUCCAGAUGUUAGACACUGCAGAAUAAUACGUGAGGCCACCAGUCAGAAUAUAAUUUCUCCAUUAACAAAAUGGUUUGGAGAUCUAUCCUUGUGAGUGAUAGAAGUCAACAACGAAAUUUCAUCUUGUUAGACCAUUUUGUUAUGAUUAAAAUGAAAAAUAAACACAUUCUGUGUAAACGUGUUUUUGUUUAUAAACCUCCCAGAACAAACUAAAAAUUGUAUAUACAGUUGAUGUUCAUUAGCAGAGCUUUGCAGGCCAGUCUUUGCCUCUCGGGGUGAACUGGUCGUUAGCUCCCCCAGCAUUUGUGGUACCUGGUUACUCCUGCCUGCCCAGGUCACCAGUUCUCCAUUUGCAGCUGUCUGUGCUUAGCAACUAAACUUUACUUAGCUCUAGUUAAAUUUUGAGAUUCAGCAGUCUACACUUCUCUGAGCCGAUAGAAAGAAUGCAGGCACUUAUUUUAUUGAGUGACGGAUCCAGGCUAAAAGCCAAAAGGAACAGUGAGAAAAGCCCUGAGCUAGCAAAAACGAGAUGUGCUCCCACCAUUCAGAAAGGAAGCGCUGUUACCACUCUUAAAGACUCCAGAAAAUGGAGAACCAGCUGCUGCCAGGAGUAUCAGGAGUGAGGUCAACUGUGAGAAGUGCCUCCCACCACCACUAACAUCAAAACAACAAAAAGACUUUAGCCAUUUCUGCCCUAGAUGCCAGAGAAACACGCUAUGCAUGAGAAAUGCAGUUCCAGUGAGGCAGAGGAGAGCGAAGAUAUGAACUGAGAGGUAGCAGGUAAAGAGAAACACCACGUGCCGGCUUUAGCAAAGAUAGAUUUCCUAGAGAAAUCUCAAACUCCUGUGCCUCACUAGAACUAUGACAGCAUUGUCAUGGCUGUGUUUCUAACAUUUCACCACGUAAAUCUCUCAAGUUUUCCAUACAACAAAACUCUAACAUUCCCCCUCAAGUAAGAUCCUCCUGUCUCUGAACUGGGGUUCAGCUUUUCACAGCCACCGGACUCAAACUCAACACUGUCUUGUCGUAGAGCUUAAGACCGAUAGCUUUUGGACCAGACUUCAUCAUCAGCUCUUAUUAGCUCAUGAGCAGACCUUGUGGCUUAUCAGCCUCCAUAAUCUUGUGAGACAACUGUUUAAAUGUCUACAUAUGUAUGGAUAUUGCAUGUUUUAUAUGUGCACAUAAACAUAUACACACUCUAAUUCCUAACAUACCUACAGUAGGACCUCUGACAACCCCAUCCACCUUUGGCAGAUUAUACAUGCAGGACCUUCCCAGAUUCAGAGAUGCUAAGGCAUGAAGUGCGAUAACCUACAUCGCCCACUAUGGCAGCUGUUCUCAGUGCUCCCACAGUCCUACCCUCCCCCUCCUCCACCUGCCCACUCCAAUUUCGCUCCCCUUCACUUUCCAUCUCGGCAGGUCUUGGUAGCCCUGUGAUAAGAGCAGCCCUAACAUUGACUCUUGAGGCAGGGGUACAGCCAACAAACAUAAACAGAAUCUCUUCAAACUGCCUGCCUAUUUAGUCUUAGACAAUCAUUUUAUAACUUCCAAUAUAACAGUCAUAUAGAUUAAGAAAACCAACUGACAUAGACCCCCACUGAUUACAACUCAAACUACGAAACAUUUUUGAGAGUGUGCUAGUCUGGAUGACAAACAUGCCCUGUAGGCCCAUGUAUCUGAACACUCAGCUGGUGGUGGGGAUGCUGUGUGGGGAGCCUCGCUGGAGGAAGUUACUGGGGUGCUUUCAGAGUUUACAGUCUUGCCCCAUAGCUGACCCUCUCUUCCUGUGUGUGGAGCUGAAAUGUGAUCUUAGCUCUCUGCUCCUGCUGCCCUGCUUUCCUCGUCAUGGGCAACAAGCCCUCCAGCCGCAACUCUUCCUUACUCACUGUUGAUCACGGUGUUUCAUCACAGUAACCAAAGUGACUAAUGCACACAUCUCCUGCUAAGGAGGCAAUACCAUUAACAACUGCAUGGUCUUAUAGGUUUGCUCCACUACAGAAAUAAUCAUAUCAAAGGCCGGGAUGCCAUGCAUCUCUAACAUCUACUCAAGAUUGCCUACAGUUUAUUAGGUUAUUUAACUUAUGUUUGAAAAGAGACCUUCUCUUAGCAAACCAAAUUAGAAUCUGUAUUCUAGCUUUGUUAAGUCACACAAAAUAAAGACAUGUUCAAUUUAAUAAAUUUUUAUUGAGCUCCCACAGGGUGCAUGAAUUAAGGAUCUAUAACUUACACAGGUAGAAAAGUGUUACUUUAGCCCCUCCCUUUUAAGAUGCAAACUGCAUCUUCUCUUUAUAUUUCAAGUGAAUUAUUUAAGGUGAGCAAGGCUCAGUUUGAUGUUACCAUAUGUAAAAGGGAUAGUACAAACAUUUUCCCUUCUCCAAAAAAAGGACUUUGUACCAGAAUAAACCAGUCUGUUCAUCUAACAAUAGCUGAUCAAAAAGGCUAGAAACUCCGGAAGAAAAGAUGUUCCUGGAAGCACUGUCCUCGGAGGAAGGGCUCAUUCCCAGAGGACAGCAGGACGUAGAAGGAAACUAGUUGGCUCAAAAAUCACACUGAGAUCCAGAAAGUACCAGUCACAGCUUAGAGA